GCAAAUGCACGGCCCUUUCCCCCAAAAACCCCAGUGCAUAUCCCCAAACCCAAACCCAAACCGGCCGCCGCUGCAUCACCACCACAUCACCUACUCGAUCAGCUCGAGCUAUCUAGUGAAGUGAGCCACUGUCCCAAGAAAACCUAGUAGUGGCUGUAGCUAGCAAGAACUUGGUUGCUCGCUUCUUCGAUCAAUCGCCGUAGGACACACACACACUGUCUCGAUCGAUCUUUGUGUCUGUCUCUCUAUGAUGUCGGCGUCGCCGGAGUUCUACAAGCCGGCGCCGGUGUUCUCGCCGUGCAGCUCGCCGCUGCGGCUGCUGCAGCAGCACGGGGAUGAUCAGGUGGGGGCGUGGGGGGAGGAGGAGGAGUACAGCAGCAGCAACAGCUACAGCAGCUGCCGGACGCCGACGGGAGGGGAGAGCAACCUGAAGGCGCCCGGAACGUGCCCGCCGGCGCCGAGGAAGCCGCGGGCGCCCCCCGCGCCGUGCAGGAAGCGGCUGUUCGAGGUGGAGGUGUUCAGCCUCCGGCUCGAGGAGCUCGAGCGCCUCUUCUGGCGUCCGCCUCCGCCUCAGCCGCCGCCGCCGCAACAGCCGGCCCAGAAGCGCCGGAGGGUCGCCGCCAAGCUACGCAGCUAGCUGGCCGGCCGGCCUGUCAUCGCCGGCGGCGCGCGGCGGAGCAGCAGCAGCAGCGCACGUGUGCGUGGAUGGAUGAAUGCCAAGUGGUCUUGUUGGUAUAGUAGCUUAGGGUAGGUUGGAGUUGGUAGUAGGAUUUAGGCGUACUGGCGUUUUUACUGCUGUACUUGCACUACAUACAUUUCUACUCUACUCCUCUCCUCUCCAUAGCUGGAUAUGUACCUGCCUUGAGCUCUCUCUAGCCUUUUAGUGUAGUGUGUACCAUGUGUAUCUACCAGUGCAGUGUAUGUGAUCGAUGCGAUAUCAAUCAAUAGGCAGCUUCAAAUCUGCUUCCAUUGCAUGCAGUUGCAGUAAUGAGAAGCUGUAUGCUGUAUACUAGUAUAUCCAUCAAUGUAUCAGACUCUAUCACUCCUGCAACAAAUACAAGCA